GUCGUCCGCUUGGUCCCCAUCCCCAUCCUUCUCCCUUUCUUUCCAGUCCUUGCAGUUUCUUUCUCUAGAUCAAAAUGCGUGAAGUCAUCUCCGUCCACGUUGGUCAAGCCGGUGUUCAGAUCGGUAACGCCUGCUGGGAGCUUUACACCGCCGAACACGGUCUGAGCCCUGACGGUCGUCUCGUCGACCCCUCGGCCAACCACAACCCAGAUGGCUUCAGCACUUUCUUCUCUGAGACGUCAUCGGGCAAGCACGUUCCGCGUUCCCUCUACAUCGACCUUGAACCCAAUGUCAUCGAUGAGGUCCGCACCGGAGCUUUCAGGAGCCUCUUCCACCCAGAGACGAUGAUCACUGGCAAGGAGGAUGCUGCGAGCAACUAUGCCCGCGGCCACUACACCAUUGGAAAGGAGCAGAUAGACAACGUCAUGGACCGCUUGCGCCGUCUGUCCGACAACUGUAACGGUCUUCAGGGCUUCUUCGUCUUCCAUUCUUUCGGUGGUGGAACCGGUUCUGGUCUCGGUGCUCUCAUUCUUGAGCGUCUUUCUACCGACUACGGCAAGAAGUCCAAACUCGAGUUCAGCGUAUACCCUGCCCCUACCCUCGCGAACUCCGUCGUUGAGCCAUACAACUCCGUCUUGACAACUCAUACCACACUCGAACAUUCCGACUGCUCGUUCAUGGUUGACAAUGAGGCUAUCUACGAUAUUUGCAAGAAGAACUUGGGCAUCUCGUCUCCCAGCUUCACCAACUUGAACAGGCUCAUCGCUCAAGUUGUCUCUUCCAUCACCGCCUCGCUCCGUUUCGAUGGUUCCCUCAAUGUCGACUUGAACGAGUUCCAGACUAACCUCGUCCCAUUCCCCCGCAUCCACUUCCCCCUCGCUACUUUUGCCCCUAUCAUCUCUGCCGAGAAAGCUCACCACGAACAGAACUCUGUUGCCGACAUGACCUUCUCCUGCUUCGAGCCCGGCAAUCAGAUGGUGAAGUGCGACCCCCGCGAGGGCAAAUACAUGGCCUGCGCUCUUCUCUACCGCGGUGAUGUCGUCCCCAAGGACGUCAACGCGGCCGUCAGCAUCAUCAAGACCAAGCGCACCAUUCAAUUCGUCGACUGGUGCCCAACUGGUUUCAAGCUCGGUAUCUGUAACGAGGCCCCCGCGCACAUCCCUGGCGGUGACCUCGCCAAGGUGUCUCGCAGCAUGUGCAUGCUUUCGAACACGACCGCCAUCUCGAGUGCCUGGAGCCGACUUGACCACAAGUUCGACCUCCUCUACUCCAAGCGUGCGUUCGUGCACUGGUACGUCGGUGAGGGUAUGGAGGAGGGUGAAUUCUCUGAGGCCCGUGAGGAUCUCGCUGCUCUCGAGAAGGAUUACGAGGAGGUUGGCAUUGACUCGGCGGAUGUUGAGGAAGCUGGAGAAUACUAAACGCGUUCUUGAGUUUUCCCGGACUGUGGUUCUGUUUUCUGUCUCGUUUUCGUGGAAUGGAAUACGCUCCUUGUUGCGCCCUCGUCGUUACGCACUUGGUUGCAUCGCGUUUUAAUCCCCCUACAUCUUGUUAAUCGCUAUUUUCACGAUUCUUCACGUUUUCAUACCAUCUUUCAUUGUUCAAUACCACCAUACGUCGCAUUUUCCCCC